UCAAAAUUUAUCUACAAUUCCUCGAGUGCGAAGCAAAUUCAAAAUUCAGAGCAGUCAAUCCAAACCCCACCCACUAUCCCUUUCUCUCUAUAAAGGAAAAAUCUUCAACCAUUGUCAUCAUCCUCUUCCUUCUUCCUAAUUCAAGUCCCACAAAGGGUUUCCAUUUACAUAUGGAAACCCUAAUUCAAUCUCUCCCAAAUCUCCCCCUAUUCUUCUCCUUCUUCCUUGUCAUUUAUUUCUUAGCCCAAUUCCUUGUCUUUCGUAAUUGGAGCUCCAAUGUCCGUCCUGAAGCCUCCAGUUGCUUAAUCUCCCUCUUUCACGGCACACCCGCUGUUUUUUUAGCCUCUUACGCCAUCCUCGCUGACCCACGUCGCGGUUUCUCGUCGCCCAACACCGCAAUACAGGCUGCCGUUCUUGACUAUAGCAUUGCAUAUUUCUUGAUGGAUCUAAUUCAUUACCUCAUUUUCUUUCCUAGCGAUGUUCUCUUUAUCGGACACCAUUUGGCCACCCUUUUCGUCUUCCUUACUUGCCGGUAUAUGGUCUCUCACGGCGCGUACGCCAUACUCUCCUUGCUCGUCCUCGCCGAAGUGACGAGUUUUUGCCAGAACGUGUGGACGCUCGCCGGUGCGCGAAGGAAGGAUGCCAAAUUCGCCGUCAAGGUGUACAAUUUCCUGUCUGCUCCUUUUUAUUCGUUUUACUCUUUGGUGAGGGGUUUUUUGGGUCCAUAUUUUGUGUAUCGAAUGGGAGUGUUUUAUAUAAGUGGGGCUGCAGAUAGCGUUAUACCCAAAUGGGUUUGGGUUUCGUGGAUGAUCGUUGUGAUAGCGGCAAUUUCUGUUAGUAUUUUGUGGAUUACCAAUUUGUGGAUUGAAUUGUAUAGAGAAAGGAAGGGCAAGUUUGAGAAGAAAUUGAGAUAAUAAGGGUAAAAGCCGUAGCCUUUUAUUUAUUGUUAUGUUCUGUGGUUAGAGAAUUUCUAAGCCAUAGAAAUGUUGUGUAACACUGGAAGCUUGGUGGGUGUACUGCUCAUUAUUGAUUCCCAUUUUUAACAAUGCCUCUUUUUUGUAUUCUUUAUGUAAUUUUGGAUUAUCAUGAAAUUAUGUUAAGGAGAUUUUUUUUGUCUUC